UAAGGUUUAGAUUGAUUCCUUGCCCAGCAGUCAAACAUUAAAUUGAUGGAUAGAUUUACUCGGUGCUUGAGGUCGCAAGUACUCGUUGAAUCUAUCAAGCCUGAUUUCUAGUCAGAGAUAUGAAUUUUUGGUGAAAGUGAUGCAAACGUCCUGGUCAACUUCAUUUCACAAUAAAAUAUACUUGUUUAUCAAUGAAGAGUAGUGGGGGGCUUAGAUAAUCUUUCCACCUGGCACAACUGCAAAGGAAGAGUCAAAUCUCUACAUGAAUAACACCAGUAGAUACAACAUGGAAGCAGAAUCAUCUUCUCAAAAACCUCAGAGGCACAUGACAUCAUCAAGAUUUUCAGUUUCUAGAUGUUCUUCACUAUUAAUGGCCUUCCUUUUUGCUCUCUCUGCAUCUUUCCAAUUCAAUGACCCUGAUUGGUAUUUCUGGUUUCCCCUAUAUGCACUGGCUUGCCUUGUCAACAUGGUCAAUGGGUUCACAAAAAUAGCCAAAAUCACACUCUGGAUGGGGACCAUCUUAUUCCUCAAAGUUGUCAUUGAAGAUGUUUGGUUUCAUCAAGGAAUAUCUGAAAUUUGGUCAUUUGACAUGACGGAGAGAGUAGUGAGGGAAAAGAUUGGAAGUGGACUUGUUAUUCUCUCCAUGUCUAUACUAGUGCAAAAAAGAAACCCUAAUAAUACUACACUUUCAAACCAUGUUGAAAUUGGUCAGUCAAUCUUGGUUGCAAUAGCUUAUGGCCUGUCCUUCGCUUUCAUUUUGUUCUCAAAGCCAGAAAUGAAGUUGUAAUCUUACAACAGUUUAUAGUCUUGGUGGUUUCG